CUAAAUGUAUAUUGUGCGGAAAAUCAACAACAAAUGUGUACAAUAAGUAUGUGUUGUUGAUGAAAGGCCCAACACACUUUGGCAGGAGAAGAACAAAUCGGGAACUAAUGGCGAAAACGUUGUGAUUCCUGUUUUAUGUCAUGAGGGCUAAUUUGCAUUAAAAAUUUGAGCUACUAAACGGCUAUUAAAAUGCGAAGAAUGUACACAUUGUUGCCAGCCUUGACAUUCUGUAUAAUAGCCCUACAAUUUCCGCAAUCAACAUACCAGCAGCAAAAAGCCGCACCAUGUGAUCGCACUCGAAAGGUAUUCACCGAACCAUUUGGAGAUAUCAGCGAUGGCCCGAUCGGGUACAACUACACUCAAGAUUCACAUUGCGAAUGGCUCAUUAAGGCCAAAAAUGACAGCCAAUUCAUAACCCUAACAUUCCAUAAUAUGGACACAGAAUGCUCUUACGAUUACAUUUACGUGUACGAUGGCGACUCAUUUAAUUCAACGCUCCUGGGCAGUUUUAGUGGACGAACACUACCACAAAGAUUGGUGGCACGCAGUGGCAGUAUGCUGAUACUGAUGUACAGUGACACCAACUAUGUGCUUGAUGGCUUCCGUGCUUCCUAUUACAUAUCAAACUGCCUGAACAAUUGUCACAAUCACGGCAAAUGUGUUGGACACCAGUGUGUUUGCCACGGCGAAUGGGUUGGUCCCGACUGUGAGGAUGAGGCGUGUCCACAUAAGUGCGGCGAAUCGCAAGGACGUGGAAAGUGCCAGAAAAGUAUUUGUCAUUGUGCCAGUGGCUACAGCGGGCGACUGUGUGACUUAAACGACAAUCCAACUGGCAGUAGUUGGCGUUGGUUGGCCACCGACGCAGAAGGCAUGACGCCUCGUGCGGCCCAUAGCGCUGUUUAUAUGGAAGAUGAGGAUGCACUCUAUGUGUUUGGUGGCUACGAUUUAAAUAAUGUGAUUAGCACACUGCAAGUUUAUCGUUUUAACACCAGCCAAUGGGAGGAUGAGUGGGGCAUUCCAUUGCAGAGUCGUCGGCAUUUCUAUCAUCCGCAUAAAAUUGAUCACACACUCCUUAAGGCGGUAUUGCAGCAUAAGAACGAGGAUGAGGCCAAACUAUGGGGUCUGAAUAGUGAUGUUUCGUUUUUUCGCAACAUACUUUAUACACUCGCCGAGUCAAAUCUACAUCAACGACGAACGCGCUCUUCUCUGCCACUUACCACAGUGAACGCCAACUCUACAGAUGAAGAAUUGACUGAGUAUUUGGAGGAUAUACUCGAGGAAGUGACAAACAAGCCACACGGUCGCUAUGGGCAUGCGGCGGAUCGCGUGCCUGGCGGCUUCGCCAUAUAUGGAGGCAAGCACGCGAAUGGCAGCUUCUACAACGAUCUGUGGCAUUACAACAAUACGGAGAGCGGCGGCAAGUGGAAGCAAAUGGCAAUAAAUUCGGUAGUAAGACCGCCGGCAUUGGCACGCCACACCCUAACAACAGCGAACGGCUAUUUGUAUCUAUUUGGCGGCAGUCUGCAAACUGGCGAGUUCUCCUCGAGCAUUUACUGCAUUCAGUUGCCAUUAAGCGAACAAUCCCAAUGGGAAAUAGUGCAUCCGCGCGGCGGAAAAAUGCUAGAUGUGCGUUUGGCGGCACACACUACCGUCUAUUACAAAGCGACCAAUUCGCUGAUCGUUUUUGGAGGCAUCAUGACCAGCUUGGCACGUUUUUCUAAGCUUUCGGACCGCAUUUUCGCCUUUCAGCUAGACCAGCUUCACUGGACGGAGAUACUAUAUCCGCGUACGGCGCUGCGCGACACGAACAUACCGCGCGAACGCGCAUUCCACUCUGCCACAAUUUCUGGCAACUACAUGAUCGUCUUCGGUGGCUACACACAUCGCCACAACAAGGAUGAGAUCUGCUACGACAACCAAAUGUAUUGGUACCACCUAAGCUGUCACAUCUGGAUAAAUCAAGUGGUGUCUGGUGACGACAGUCUUUACCCAAAGCGGCAAGGCGUUUUUGCACAUGGAGCCGCUUUGCGGCACAACCACACCCUGCUCAUUGUGGGCGGCUAUCAUGGCAAUGUGAACGCCGAUUUGUUCGCCUACGAGUUGCCGCAGGUUUUGCGAGUGGAGAACAAUUUGUACAAUAUGUCGUGUCGUGAAAUGCGUAAUCCGCUGUCCUGCCUCUCUCAUCCAGAAUGCGGUUGGUGUUCGGCGGACAACAGCUGCUAUGGCCGGACCAUAGGGGCUAACUGCACCACAAAUCUGCAGACAACCCGCUGCCCGGGAAUAUGCCCCUCAUUGGGAGACUGUCAUUCAUGCCUCGUGCACGGUACACAGUGGGGCGGCAGUGCUGACGACAGCCAAUUGUCGGUGGCCAGCAAGUUGUGCGCCUGGUGUGUGCAGAAUGCGCGUUGCCAUCACAGAGACGACAACUAUGGUAUUUGCGGCGACUCGCCUGGCUGGUGGGGCGAUAAAGGCACCGAAAUACGGGAGCCAACGCUUUGCACCAUUAAAGAUCGAAGGCCAGGACUCACAUACAUCAAAUACCAUUUUCCAAUCAAUUUAUCCAUGCCGGAUUACGUUGGAAUUGUAAAUGCUACCAUGGUGGACUUUGCUUCGCCACCGCCAACCACUCAUCUAGAACAGAAGCUGGAGGGUGAGAUGCUUGCGAGACUGCUAGGCUUUGUUCGCCCCCAGAAACAAUGGAACAACUCAGCUAUUCAGGUGUGUACGAGUUACUCAUCCGCCGUACUGCGCGCCGGACUGGAUACAAAUUUGGAAAUGCUACGAAAUUUAACGACACAGGCCUCCAAUCAAUCCUUCUGCAGUAAUGUACAGAUGCCAAGCACUGAGCAGCCAUUCCUGAUUGACUUCCAGGCGAGGCGACGCAUUGGUGUCUACAACAUUUUCAAUACUUAUCAAAAAACCAAAAUGGAGCUUCAGCAUCUGUACAACAGCAACCUGAACGCCUUCACUUUCGAGUAUCUGGAACCGUACUACUCAGGUAACUGCAGCCAAUACACAAAUUGUCUGCAUUGUCUGACGGAUGCUUCCUGCUCCUGGUGUGAGCUCACAAGUAGUUGUCACCUUAAGUCGGAGAAUGAGAGUGCCGUGUGUAUGUCAUCGGAGCCGUCUCCCCACUGGGCCUAUUUAAUUGUACAGCCUAGCCAGUGUGCCAAUUGUUCCAACUAUGUGUCUUGUGAAAAAUGCGCGGCCAGUGGCCUGUGUGAAUGGUGGACGGAAGAUGCACGCUGUGCGCGCAUUGGCCGGUCUAAUAAUAGCGUUCGUGAUGUCGCCAAUUGUCCCAUUCCCUGUCGGCACCGAAUAGGCUGUGAGGAUUGCCUCAGUGAGCGCGGACGCUGCGUUUGGUGCGAGGCCAGCGCCCAGUGCUUCAGCUUUGCCGUGUACACCAGCGAGUAUCAGUUUGGCAUGUGUCGAGAGUGGAUGGAUCAAGCUGUAGCUGUGGCUAGCGCAUCUACAAGUAUCUCCCCCUCACUGGGAAUGGGAGGAUUGGGCAGUCAGCUUAGUCUAGGCACCAACAGUUACAGCGUCCCGGUGCAGCCGCCACCUCAGCAAUGCAAGUCCUGCGAUCGUCAUACGAACUGCUCCUCCUGCCUUCGCACCUUAAGCUGUGGUUGGUGCUUCGAUCGCGACAAUCCCAUCGAGGGUCUGUGCAUGCAGGGCGACUUCAGUCGUCCGUUCGGCAACUGCUCGCUGGCUCUGAACAGCUCGACGCUGCAUGAUGCCGAAUGGGCAUACGCCCAGUGUCCGGAUGUAGAUGAGUGCGGUCUUGGAUUACACGAUUGCCACAAGGAAGCAAAGUGCACGAAUACGCAGGGCUCCUAUAACUGUCAUUGUCGACGCGGCUAUGUGGGCGACGGACGCUUCUCCUGCAUGCGCACCUGCUACGAGUUUUGCCAACACGGUUACUGCUCAGGCCCGCCCGACUAUGCCUGCAAAUGUGAUUUGGGCUGGACAGGCAGCGAUUGCUCCGUAAACUGCGGCUGCAAUAACCACUCGACGUGCACGGAACGUGUGGGAAAGUGUGAUCAGUGUCAAGCCUGGACAGAGGGGGAGCGUUGCGAGCGAUGCCGGCAAGGGAGUUACGGUAAUGCAACGGCACCUGAUGGCUGCCAUCCAUGUGAGUGCAAUGGGCAUGGCAAUCAGGAUCUGGGAAUUUGCAAUGUCGGCAACGGCGAGUGCUAUUGCAAGGAUAAUACCGAAGGUCUUAAAUGCGACAGCUGCGCCGCUGGUUAUUAUGGAGAUCCACGGGAUGGGGGUCAGUGUUAUUUUCAGUGUGAAUCACGUGGCAUAUUGUCGAACAUUGGCAGAAGCGGCAUUGGCUCGUAUCAGUCGUAUAGAAGUCCCUGGGGUGCCAGCUUGGAAGUGCGUGAGUGCCUCUGGAUCCUCCAGCCAAAGACAUUGCAGGCGGAAAAGUCGCUCCUGCAGCUGGAAUUUCAAUGGAGCAGCCUUAGCAUGGAUUGUGAUGAGAAUGCAGUUUAUAUCUACGACAGUCUGCCCGAUCUGACGGGCGCCACACAACAAAAUCAGCUUAUUUCCGUAGUAUGUGCACCUUACAGUGCUUCGCGCAUUAUUGAGGCGCGCUCCAAUCAUGUCACAGUCUAUUACAAGCAAGGCAAGCACUUCGGCUUCAAUGCCCUUUACUCGGUAAAGAAUUGCGUCGCCCGCACAUGCCUCCAUCCUCAUAUAUGCGACGAGCAACAGCGAUGUGUCUGUCCCACUGGGUAUGUAGGCGCUAAAUGCGAGAUCGAGAUCUGUCCCAAGAAUUGCAAUGCGAAGCGCAUGCAGGGCUACUGCGAUACGGACUAUGGGCGUUGUAUCUGCAAUGGGAACGAAAGCUAUGCCGGUCCGGACUGCGGCACUCGGAUACGACACAAUCACUUGGUUGUCACCGAACUUUUUAACACUCAGCUGCUGAGCGAGUCCUUCGAACAUUUGCGCAAGACGAUACCACGAUUCGGUCAUUCGGUGAACGCGGAUAGACGGGGCUCGCUUUGGAUGUUUGGUGGAUACUCGCCGUCGCACGGACCCCUAAACGAUUUUCGACAAUUCGAUACCAAGAAUGGCAGCUGGAUGCAGGUGACCGUUGAAUCGACGCCAGAUGACAAAAUGCCCCUCGGUCGGUACUUUCAUGCUGCCGAGAUAUUUGUGAAAAAGCAGAUAAUAUUCAUUUAUGGCGGCAUUACGGUCGUGCAGGGCCACCAAGGUCGUUUGCUAAAAGACUUUUGGCAGUUUUCCAUACAAAACCAACGCUGGAGUCCCAUCGCCUUAGAACAUCUCGCGGCUGAGGAGCUACCCCCUGCAUUGGCUGGCCACACCCUCACCCAAAUACGUUACCACGAUCGAGAGUCGCUGGUACUUGUGGGUGGUAUGACGCAAAACAAAUCUCUGCCCUUGCAGCUGUGGGAGUUUAACUUGGACACAUUUCGCUGGGAGCAGUUGAAGGCAAUGGGCGUGCGCAUGCCGGUGCUUUAUGGUCAUAGCACCGUCUACCAUGCCGAGUCCCAUAUACUGUAUGUCUUUGGGGGCUAUUCCACAGAACCACAGAGCACUCUCUAUGGUCUGAAUCUGCAGAAGCUCAGCUGGACCGAACUGCCUGUCUUCCAGGAUCUGAAUCGUCCGGACAGCUUGCUGCCACGCGCGCGUUACUUUCAUUCGGCAGUCACCACGGAGCACUAUAUGGUCAUCUAUGGUGGCCGAACCAGUCCCUACAAUGCCUCCGAUGUGCUCAUCGCCUACGUCUAUUCCUGCAAUCAAUGGAUACGCCUCACUGACGAUGUCGAGAUUAUUGGUCAACUACCACAGUCCACCUAUGCGGAGGAUAUAACCAUUGAAGUGGAUAACAAGUCCAUUUACAUCUAUGUGAUUGGUGGCUGGGAUGGCAGCGCCACUCUCAGUCAUGUAACUCGCAUCCAGCUGCCUGAGGACAUUUGCCAGCUGUGGAGCAGCGGCAAGUACCGCUGCCGCCACUACAUGGGUUGCAGUUACUGCACAAUUCAAAGUGCCACACAGAUCUCCUCGCUUUGUUUCACGCAAGGACACACACCCUGCGCCAAUCACAACGGCACCCUGGUGGUGAACAAUGGAGCUGCUUGCGAUGACGCCUGGAUGGCUAGAAGGAACUGCUCGAGCUUUAGCAGCUGCACGGCCUGCUUGGCAUCGUGGCCAACGCAUCAGGAGAUGACGCCGGUCUGCCAAUGGUGCGAUGAGUGCGGUAUUAAAGGACGUUGCGUACCAGCGGGUGUGGACUGCGAGCGACGCAGCACUUGGUGUAGCAAGGAGGCGAGCAUUGGAGUCCUUGGACUGUGCCCACGACCACAGUGCCACACGUUGAGCUGCGAAGUUUGUAUGUUGAACGAGAUGUGCGGCUGGGCCCGCAACGAGUUGGGCAUUGUUGAGUGCAUUUCGAAGGAGCUGGUAGAAAAGAACGAAUACCGAAUUGUGAAUCAGUGCCCGCCCCCCUGUUACAGCUAUAGCAACUGCUCCACCUGUCUGCAUGAAGAGCACGAAAAUCCCAAGGAUUGCAAAUGGUCUACGAUGCUAAAUGCCUGCAUUUCUCCCCGAUCCCAACCACUGCUUUGCGCUGGCGGUGUAUGCGGUCUCGUGCUGGAUACAAGCGAGCACGAUCGUUGCCCCGAACCCUGUCAUGUGUAUAGCCAAUGCUCGACGUGCCUAGAACAUGCCCAUUGCGGGUGGUGCUCACGUGAUGGGCACAACGGUGAUGGCAUAUGCACUGAGGGAUCGCUGGAGCACAAGCAAGAGUAUCCUUCAAGCUCCACCUGCGAUCUCAUCUACGCUUCAUUGCGCAAUGACUCACACCUCACACCUGCAGACGUCGUCACCUGGAACUAUGUGAAAUGUCCGGCGGAGAACGAAUGCGAGAACGGUCAUCACAAUUGCAAUCCCGUAUCCGAACGUUGCAUAGACGCCGCCGUCGGCUACAGAUGUAUCUGUGGCGAAGGCUAUCGCGAUGAGAACGGCACCUGUCUGCCGGUUUGCAGUCAAGGAUGCGUGCGAGGCAACUGCGUUCGCCCCGACGACUGCCAGUGUGACUUCGGCUACGUGGGCGCCAAUUGCAGCAUUCAGUGUCUGUGCAAUGGACACUCCAAUUGCGAGGGUCCCGAUCGUCUUGACAUCUGUCUCGAGUGCCAUAACAACACUAUGGGCGAGCAGUGUGAAAAGUGUCAGCCCCUCUUCGUCGGCAAUCCACGUGAGGGCCACUGCCAGCCCUGCCUUGAAUACUGCAACGGGCACACAGACAUAUGUGUGGCCUACGACUCCGAUCCGGCUGUCUUUAAUAUGACGCGUUCCGAACUCGAGCGCAUCCUGCCCGAAGGACCUCAGGCGAAUGCCACUUGUCUGCGCUGUGCAAAUAAAACUGACGGAGAUCGCUGUGAUACUUGCCUCACCGGCUAUUUUCGAGGCAGUGAGGAUCAUCGCCGUCACUGCCGACCCUGCCAGUGCCAAGGUCAUGGCAACGUCUGCGACCCCGUCACCGGUGAGAAAUGUAAUUGCGGGAAUAACACGGAGAGCGACGCCACUUGCACCGCCGGUGGUGGCAAGAACUCCGCCCAACUCUGCUGGAGCGUCCAGUGUUCCAAAUGCCGCGACUCCUAUGCCGGUAAUCCCACAGAUGGACACCAAUGUUAUAAGCAAAUCACCGUCGAGUCCCGCAUGUGCUUCGAUGCCAAGCCAAUCGAGGAAUGCAAGUCGAAGCCGGCAGCGCUGAAGCCCGGACAGACAGUUUUCUUUGUGAUACAGCCCCGGUUUAUGAAUGUCGAUAUUCGGAUUAUAAUCGAUGUGACUCAGGGGGAGUUGGAUGUGUUCAUGUCUCCGCAGGACGACUCGUUUAUUGUGAAAACAAAUGAGACGAACGGAUAUCACGAGAUCUUUCUGGACAAUCGCUACAGUUGGGGACCCAAAAUCAAGCGCCUGCAUCCUCUCAAUGUGGCGAUGCCACGCCACGACAAUGCAACACUGCAGAAGCUGUUCUCGCCGGAACGUCGCAUCAGUGGCAUUGGCACUGGAAGUGGUGGGAGCAUCAGCAGUAAUAUAAAUAUUCCGCAUCUGCAUGACUGCAAGAGUCAUGGCGGGCAUAGCUUUUUUGUGAAGGACAAGCACGCCAAGGAUCUGAGCACUCACGUCACCCUUAAUCAGUGCAAUACGCUGCUUAGAUUGUUUGGCCUAAAGAAUCGCUUGGUGCUGACACUGCCUCAGAAUGCGCACAAUUUGAGCGCCACCCGUUUCUUUAUAGCGCUGCGUGCCAGUUCGGGACCGGAACCAAGCUAUGGUUCCGUUGUUUUCCGGCAGGAUCAGCUGCACAUCGAUCUCUUUGUAUUCUUCUCCGUCUUUUUCUCCUGCUUCUUUCUCUUCCUGGCCGUCUGUGUGAUUGUCUGGAAAGUCAAACAAGCAGCUGAUCUACGCCGCGCACGUCGCCAGCAUGUGGUGGAGAUGCUGCACUUGGCGAAGCGUCCCUUUGCGCAAAUCUUCCUGGCCUCCGCUAGCCUGGAUAUGGACAGUCCGCAGCCGACCUCGUCCUCGACUCGUGCCAUCCGAGCGCGCGCUCGACACGCCCUCCUUCUGCAACAACAACAACAACAGCAGCAGCUUCAUUCGCAGCUGCAAUUAGCUCGAGAUUCGUCCCAUCAUCAUCUCCAGCCAGGGCGGCACCAUGUGGCCACAGAUAUAAUGCUGAUAGCCAUUGAGCCGACUUUCGAUAAUUUGGCAGCCGUCGGCACCGUAUUUAUUAGUCUCCCGGGCCGCUCCAAAGCGCCACUCAGCAUUGCGCUCGGCUCAACGCUCAUCUCCUAUCCGCGGCAAUAUCCGCUUAAUGCCCGACACUUUAUACGAGCCGCUCAGCGUCACGGACACGCCUCCAGUGUGGGCCACCAUCAGGCCUAAGGUAUUAAGGUAAAUAUAAAUACAUACGUACGUACAUAUAUGGAUAUGGAAUCUUGAAUCUCGCGCAAUAUAUUUUAGACACGUAAGCACAUCACACACACAAAACUAGUAAAAUAUUUAAAACCAGUGUUUUAUUACACGUCUAGGGAAUUUUUGUACAUACCAACAUAUAUGUAUACAUAACUAGUUAAGCAAAAAAUGACAUAUAAACUAACAUUUAGCAUAUAAAUACUAACAAAUUAAGAAGCUAGACCCAUAAGAAUUUAAAACUAGAAUUCUGUAUCGAAUUUGAACUGAAACAACCAACUAAGGAACAAAAGAAGAGAAACAAAAACUUCCAAAUCACCAGUAUGGCAGCGACUCCAAUGGGAACACACUCGUAUGUAUGUCGCUUGUCUAGCUCAGUAUAAACAGCAACAAUUGGAAUUUAUUUAAGCAGUCAAUUUUGUACUAAAAACUCUUACGCGAACAUAUUUCAAAAGAAUAUCGCCAAGGAACGCCAUAACUGAAAGAAUAGAAUAAAUUUGGGCUGUGCAGCAGGAUAGCUUGCAGUCACUAUGUACUCCCUAGAGUUUUGCAACACACUAUACAUAUAUUACAAAAUAUUCCGAAAAGUUUUGAGAAGCAAAAAUGAAUGCACAAAAGGUGGGAGUGCAUCGUGGGUACAAUCUCGCGUUGCACAGCUCUAGUAUGAAUAUAUUCAAAUAGAAUUAUUGAGGGAAGUGGUUAAUUAAAAUGAUAUUUACUAUAUUUGUCCAUAACCUUUUGAUAUACAUAUCUAUAUGUAUGUAUGUAUUUGAUGAUUUAUUGCAGCUUAGCGUGCAAUCAGUUCGAUCCAUUUAGAAACGAAACAGGGUUGGGUAUAUUAUUUUUGCAAUUGUUUUUCAAUUUUAUUAUUUUUAGUUACGUUUGCGUGCGAUUUGUAAAUAAUUCUGUAUUGUUUUGUGUAAUGUUUGUGUACUUUAUGUGUAUAUAUAUAUGUAUUUGUUAAUUUAUAGUAGAAUAUUCCUUAAGUAGGGUGGCUCCUUGUUGCUCAAAUAAUUAAGGGGAAGGCAACCGCGUUCUCGCACACUACAAUCGAGCUCAAUGAAUCACUAUGAAUCAAAAAAUAACACUCGUUGCAGUUAAACACCCACUCAUCAAUUAUAAUCUACUAACGAACAAAAUCUCAGACACAGUGGUAUUACAAAAAAACUAUGAGGUUGUAUUAUUUUACAACAUUAACUUAAUUUUCUAAAAAUAUGUUUUUAUUUUUUCAUGUUUUUUGUUAGUUUAAAAAAUUAGCAAAAAUCUGUAAGAACUGAUUUUAAAUUUUGUGACGAUUGCAAUAUAUAUUUUACUUAGUUUAGAUGUUUUUAUAUGCUUGUUUUGCUUUUGAAAUAUAAACAAAUAAUACACGUAAAUAA